AUGUCUUGCGCGGGGCUGGAUGGUGUGGUGAGCCCCCCGCACCUGGCCCAGCCCUUUGACCGGCUGCAGCAGUACGGCCUCGGAGGCAGCGUGAGGGGCAGGGUGCUGUACGUCAUGCCCCUCAGCAAGGUGGUUCAUCUCACCCUCCAGAAGAAUGUCUGCACCACGGGAGGCGGAGAUCUACAAGUCCUCGCCAGUGGCAUAUUCCUGAGUUUAGGCGGCAAGGCUCGAGGGUUUUGCUCGGCCAACCACAUUAGCGACAACACCAAGGUCCUCAUGCACAUCAACCGAGACUUCCGGGUGGGCAAGAAGGUCCCGUGUCGCCUCCUCAAGUACAACCACAUGGACCAACUCUUCAUUGUCACACUGCAGAAGUCUGUCUUCGAGCGGCAGUUCAUUGCCUACAGUGAGCUGCAGCCCGGGCAGGUUGUGCAGGCCACCGUCAACAGCUACGACAGCAACGGCGCACGGCUGGCGGUGAGCAAGCUGAUGAGUGGCCACGUGCCCUCACUGCACCUCACGGACGGCCCCAUGAAGCACCCCGAGCGAAAGCACAUCGUGGGGGACCAGGUCACCGCCAGAGUGCUCAAGGUCAACUCCAAGAGACAGCACCUUCUCCUGACCCUCAAGUCCCAGCUGGUUACAGCCAAGGAGCCCAUUCUUACCGAGUACUCGCAAGAGGCGGAGAACACUCUCACCAUCGGCUACGUCAUCAAGGUGCUGCCGCAGGGCCUCCUCGUGAAACGACGUGAAAAUGACGUGAAAGGCUUCGUCCCCAGGUCGCAGGUCGGCAUUGAGUCGGGCAUGAGUCUAGCCUCGGCAUUCCACGAGGGACGAGUCGUUCGCUGCAGGGUCCUCAAGGUGUCCCCCGAGAAGCAGAACAUCACCCUCAGUCUCCUGGUUGACAAGGACGUUCAGCCAUUGAGUGGGGUGCCCAAGUCAGCGAGGAAGGUUGAGGUGCGAGCAAGAGUCAGGUGUGUGGUGGACGAGGUGAGGACGCACGCUAUCACAGUCACUGUCCUGCCCCACAACGUCGAGGCUUCCAUACCUGUCCACCACCUCUCGGAUGACCCGAGCAAGUGCCAGCUGCUGAGGGAGGUGCUGAAGGAAGGGGACGAGAUCAUGAAUGCCGUGGUGUUCAGCAAGGUGCCCGGCUCACCCAUCACCCUCACUCUCAAAAAUUGAGAAGGAUGCCUCUCAGGAUAAGGCCAAAGAGGGGGUGGAGCAAGGGGCCGACAGCUCUCCCAGCGAGGACAGCCGCGAGGAGAUGAAGGCCAGUGAGGGUGAUGAGGUGGAAGGUGAGGUGAGCGGUGCCAAGCCUUGCCUCACACUGGGAACAGGCUUUGUGUGGGAAGUUCCCGACACGCCGGAGUUCAUGGACUCCUCAGACGGUGAGGACCAAGACAUGCCAAAG